CGGCGACCCACAGAGCUAGCUGUAAGCGCGAGCCAUUCAGUCAGUCUGUGCAUGACUUCCGAAGUGGGCGGUUGGUCGCGCCGAGCGCGGCACCAUGUCGCGCCUCCUCGCGUUAAUCGUACUUGUCGCGGCGCACACAUUAACACGAGCAGAGUUCCAAGGCUUGUGUCAACGAGACUACUGCGAGUGCAACCCAGCAGUACACCAAGCAUGGAUAAACAUGACCUGCACCGUGCCCUCCAAUCAGGUGCUAUAUGUAAAAGAAGGUGAUAUUCCAAAGCAAACAUCGAACUUGGUGAUAUCCGGAGCCUAUAGUUUGACUUUCGAAGCGAACUCGCUGAGCGAACUGGAGGACAUACGGAAGAUUCAUCUUUUGGAAUGCUCGACGAUUAUCUUAAAAAAAUCGGCAGCCGUCAAGUUGGAGCUUGUGAAUGGACUGCUCGAAAUAGAAGACUGCGAUUCACUUAUCAUCGAGACCAAUACCUUUAUGCAUAUUGAAGGACCAUUGACGGUGAACAUCAGAAAUUGCUAUCGAGCAACUUUAGAAGGAACUGCUUUCUCAUGGUUACUGGAAAUAAACAUCAGCGACAUAGGAGAACUGACGCUUAGCGACCAAUCCUUCAUGCGCGACCUUAGUGUUCCAAACACUAAACACGGACCAGAUAUGAAGAUCGAGUUGAGGAACGUAACAAUACCCAAUAUCCCGGGGCAAGCAUUUGGACAUUCCGCUGCAAAAAUAACGAUGGAGUCGGUUGAUGUAGAAGUGGUCAGCUCUGCAGCUUUCUCUGGAAAUACAUAUAGCAACGUCACUGCUAUAAACUGCUCAUUUGCACGUAUUGAAGAAGAGUCCUUUAGCCCAAAGACACAGAUAGACUACCUAACUUUUAUAGGAUGUAAAGUGAAAGAAUUAACUUCAAAAGCUUUAUUGUCUGCUGUUUCUAAUCUUCGUAUAUCGCAAUGCAGGUUUGAUAAAGUCGAGACAAGUGCAAUUAGUGCGACUAUAGUAUCAGUUAUAAUGUUGAAUAACGAAUUUCAUAAAUUCAAAGAAAGAGGAUUGGAAUUUUUGUCAUUGAAUACACUCCAAAUGGAAGGAAAUACCUUUGAUGACCUACCCAGUAAUGCUAUUAUUGCCCCAGGCGCGUCCAUUCAUGAUUUAAUAUUUAGUAACAACGAAAUAGAAACUAUACAUCCAGACUGUCUUGGAUUUAUAGGACAAACAAUUCAGUCUAAUACAGUUGUGUAUAAGGGUAAUUAUUAUGGUAUACCCUGUUACUGUAAUAUUACACAAGUGUUAGAUGAUGCUCUUGGUGUUAGUGACUCGGAAGUAUAUGUUAGUGAAACUUACUGUACUGUUGAAGAAUUUACUGCAAGAUGUUUCAAUGUUCCCGACCAAAAUAUGUUACUUAAACAAUUUCUGACAGGUAUGUGUGAAGCUGAUCCUAUAAAAUGUCAACAAUACAAAAGUGAUACCGAAAUUAAAAAUCCAAGAUUUCCACAUAAAGGUACAGAGGAAGAAGGUUUAAGUGGUAGAAAUAAAAAAGUUAUAGGAAUUGUUAUUGUGACUAUUUUGGGGUGCAUACUUGUAGCUUUGUUAAUAAGUUUUAUAAAAUGGAUGAGACAUAAGGGAUAUUGUGUAAACGUAAAAAACUUUUUGAUCUCAUCAAAUUCAUCAUGUGGAACAUUUUGCGACAGACUGUGUGUAUGUGGUAGAACUAAUAGCCUUGACAAUGCCAGAUCUAUUUCACAAUUAUCUGUAAAUGAGUAUUCAGAGCGACAUCGUCUUAAUGAACCACGUAGACGAGAUAUGAUUCAAGAGACGGCACUCCCAGAAACAUACGUCGAAGAGCCAGUAUACAUGGAUGACAAAACCACUCAAACUAUACCUGAAGAACUAACAAAAGAACUGUUAGAAAAUUUAAAAUUAAAAUUAGAAGACCCAGAAAAUUACGUAGAGGCACGUGAAAUGAUCGAACAUUUAUAUGAACUUAUUAAAAUAGACGAAAGUUGCAAUACAAAUACUCGUAUACAAAAAAGAGAAGAAAAUAUUUACGACCUUCCGUUUCAAAAUACCACUCCUAGAAUAGGGAAGAAUAAGAAACAGAUGAUUAGUGUUGGAACUAGAACUCCAUCAUUGGACCAGCUAUUACCUUUGUCACCUUACAACAGGCAAACAGCAUUGGCCCAUGAAUAUUUUGAGCCAAAAGAUUUUGCUGUACAUUUAUAUGCUGAAAUUGCGAAUAAUGAUAGGGAGAAAAGGAACAUAUUAGGUGCCAUUCCAGACGUCGUUGCCGAACAAGUUAUUCCACGAGGUCCUUACCUUCGUGCAGUUCGUGAAAAAAUGAGUUCUGCUAGUCCUACAUCUCCGUACCAUGGCUCAUCAAAGACUACGGCUGGUGGCAGCUCAGCAAUGAACCCUAUGCACUUGUCCAUAAAAUCUAACAAAUCUAAUACAUCUAAUUCCUCGGGUAAAAUGUUAAACAGGCCAUUACCAGAAAAACCUGCUACAUUAGACCCAGGAGAAGGGCCGUCAAAUCAACACGGUUGAAGACGAUGCUAAUUCCAAAAUUCGAGUGUUUUAUUUUUUGUUUUUAUUAAAGAUCGCAUUUUUAUUAGCGUUACCGCCGCCAUGGCCAACGGCUUCAGUUCACGACGCCACACGCCACGCUGCGUCGGACCGCAAGAACGCUUAUUGAUCGAUCAACGUUUCUUUGCUGUGAUAUUAAUUUGGUUUACAAUAUUUACCUUACGUAUGUUGCAGGACAAUGAAGAGUGAAUGUGUCGCGCCAGACGCUUAUAGAUUUAUAUUUUGUAAAUAAUAUGUUUAAUGUUAUUAUAAAUUUAAUUUAAAUACCACACAUCGGCGUGAGGUGCCACAUUAUUUUCGAAUAUAGUCAAACGUCCAUUACAUAUAUGCUUCGCAAAUCAUUUAUUAUAUAAUGUAUCAAAAAUUAUCUAAUAAUAUUAAUUUAUUUUAGGAAAAGAACCUGAAUUAUUUAUAAAUUUAGAAGAGACUAUAAGACUCUUAACGUUUUGUAUUAUAAUAUAACCCUCUUAUUCAUAAAACGUCAAACCUCUUAUAAAACUGUUUUAACUAUAUGUAUUUUGUCCUUUUCUUUUGCACUAAAUUCUCAAUUUAAAAAAAUAGUGAUAAAACACUAAUAGUUAAAAUAGAUUUAUAGGACGUUUUAAUUUUUAUGAAUAAGGGGGUUAACUUUUUAAAACGCCAUAGAGAUAACCUUUUCAAUAUUAUGUGUGUAACAAUUAUAAUCGUGAAUAACAUUAAAUAUUAUUAACAGAUAAAUAUCAAGAAUUUCUAUUAUACUUUCCACAAUAAUGUAGUAAAAAACAGAUUAUUUUGUUGCUUAACGUAGAGCGCAUUUGAUUUUAUUCUUCUCAUAUCUAUCGAAAAUAUAUUAGGUGCCCUUAACGUGUGACAAAUGAAUCUAUUGGACUUGCUAGAGAUAACGAUGAAAUCCAUCGAUGGAUUCCAUCGUUCACCACUUUCUACGGGGCUAGUUAUAAUAUAUUUAAUUUUCUUUUGGAAAAUGAUAUUAAUUUCUAUCGUUCCAAAGGUUAGUGAGUCAACUAUGAAUUACCUACUGUUAAUAGAAAUAUAUUUCGGAUAAAUUUAUAUUCCUAAUAAAAAAAUAUACUUGAAAUGUGAUUAAUGUUUCAAAUAAUGUGUUCAAAGGAAUCGAUAUAUCAGUUGUUUAAGAAAAUGUGCUAGCGAAAAGCAUUAAAAUAUUAAUUUGAAUUAAACUUUACUCCGUUAUAUUAAAUAAUUACUACGCUUCGUAAUUAAAACAAUAUUGCGAGUAAUACCCUCUCGUACAUAUAAUGUAGGUAUAUAAGAGUUUAUUUUCUUUUAAUUUACGUUCCUUCGUUCGAAAUGUAAUUUAGCAUAGGAAAUGUAAGAUGAAAAAUUGGUAGCAAAGCUUUAAUUACCAUAAUAAAUGUUACAUUGACAUCGUUAUUGUCAAUCAUAAUUAUAAUCGUAUCGUAUAGUAUUUUUUGUGAACGUACUAUGUUUAAUAAUGUAUAGUAGCAUGUGACAAUGGUUUCCAUAAUAUUUUUUGUGUUAUAUAUGACAAACAAAACAUAAACCAUCAUCCCUCUUUCUGUUAAAAUGAUUAAUUGACAAUUUUGACAAAAUAACCUUUGCAGAAUAUGAAUGAUUCUUAUUAUAAUAUUUUCUUAAUUGUUCUUUUUGUCAGUAAAUAUAAUAUGAUGUCUUCUUUGUUGUUAAAAUAAAAUUAAAUAGUUAUAGUGUAUAUGUAAAAUAUAAUAAUUAUAUAGUAUCAUUUUAAGUUGCAUAAUAUGUAAAGAUAUAUUAUAUAACUUAAACGGACAUAUUUAUAUAAAUAAAAUUUAAAUGAUUGUCAAAUUGACGUAGUCAGUGUUCAAUGUAAGUGUAUUGUAGAAAACAUAAACUCUAAUAUACAUACAUAUGAGUACAGAGAUGUAUCUAUUUUUCAAACAAUUUAUAGACCUUAAAACAUUAACAUAUGAUGGCAUUUACUAGAUACAUAUUAAUUCAGUGUUCACGAUCUGCCCUCUUACUUAUAAAAAUGACGCUACUUGUUAAUUAGCGACAAAUUAUAUUUAUUUAUCAUUUAUAAGUAGGAGGGGAUAAUAAAUUAAUAUAUCGAUGUAUAUAGAAACGUACAAUUGACGAAAUGUCGAGUGUAACAGUUACUAGGUAUAAAGUGGGAUUAUAUAUUCAAUUCAUGUUAAAUAUAAAAUAAAUGUUGAAUGUGCA